AUGCCCACCGAAAACAGCGAUCAGGAAAGCAUGCUGAGCUACCAGAGACCUGAUGAGGAGGCAGUGGUUGAUCGAGGAGGUACCAGUUCAAUCCACAACAUUCACUAUGAGAAGGAGGAAUUAGAAGGUCACAGGACUCUGUUUGUGGGUGUGCGGAUGCCUUUGGGUCGUCAGUCCCAUCGACACCAUCGUGCUCACGGCUCACGGCACCGGAAGAGAGAGAGGAUGAGGACGGGUAGCCUUCCUCAGGAGGAGACAUCAGAGAGCACGUCAGCCACACAUGACACGCCCUCUCAGAGGGUGCAGUUCAUUCUGGGCACUGAGGAGGAUGAGGAGCAUGUGGCUCAUGACCUGUUCACAGAGCUCGACGAGAUCUGUGUGAAAGACGGCAAAGAUGCAGAGUGGAAGGAAACAGCCAGGUGGCUGAAGUUUGAGGAGGAUGUGGAGGAUGGAGGAGAGAGGUGGAGUAAGCCGUAUGUGGCCACCCUGUCUCUGCACAGCCUGUUUGAGCUGAGGAGCUGCAUCAUUAACGGCUCCGUCUUACUGGACAUGAGAGCCAGCUGCAUCGAAGAGAUCGCAGAUAUGGUGCUGGAUCAGCAGGAGGCGUCUCAUGAGUUGGAUGACAGUGUUCGGGUGAAGGUGCGGGAGGCUUUGCUGAAGAGGCAUCAUCACCAGAGUGACCGAAAGAGGAACAACCUGCUGCCCAUGGUGAAAUCUCUCACCGAGUCAGGACGCAGACAGAGCGAACCCCACGGCAUGGACAAGGGCGGGUCUGCAACAUCCCCCCUGCCUCCUGCCUCUAACCCAGAGGUGAAAAAUGGUGCUUCUCAAGAUAACGGCCAAGUGGACCUCAGCAAGGUGGACACGCACUUUAUGAAGAAGAUUCCAACUGGUGCAGAAGCGUCAAACGUACUGGUGGGAGAACUGGACUUUCUGGAGAGACCCAUCGUCGCUUUCGUUCGUCUGUCACCCGCUGUACUCCUCUCCGGCCUCACAGAGGUCCCCAUACCCACCAGGUUCAUGUUUAUCCUGCUGGGGCCUGAUGGGAAAGCACAGCAGUACCAUGAGAUUGGACGCUCCAUGGCAACCAUCAUGACUGACGAGAUCUUCCAUGAUGUGGCAUAUAAAGCUAAAGACAGAGGUGAUCUGUUGGCUGGAAUAGAUGAGUUUUUGGAUCAGGUCACUGUUUUACCGCCGGGAGAGUGGGAUCCAUCUAUACGAAUCGAACCCCCUAAAAAUGUCCCCUCACAGGAGAAGAGGAAGAUGCCUGGAGUAGCCAAUGGGACAGCUGUUCAGGUAGAAGUGGAGUCACAUGGAGAACACCACGGACCAGAGCUGCAGAGAACUGGGAGGCUGUUUGGUGGACUGGUUCUGGACGUGAAGAGGAAAGCUCCGUUUUACCUGAGUGACUUCAGAGACGCUCUGAGUCUGCAGUGUGUGGCCUCCUUCCUCUUCCUCUACUGCGCAUGCAUGUCUCCUGUCAUCACCUUUGGAGGACUGCUCGGGGAGGCCACGGAGGGACGCAUCAGUGCCAUUGAGUCUCUGUUAGGUGCUUCUAUGACUGGAGUGGCAUAUUCUCUGUUUGCUGGUCAGCCCCUGACUAUACUGGGCAGCACUGGUCCUGUACUGGUGUUUGAGAAGAUUCUCUUCAAGUUCUGCAAGGAUUAUGACCUGUCUUAUCUGUCACUGCGUACUUGUAUCGGCCUUUGGACGGCGUUCCUGUGUUUGAUCCUGGUUGCCACGGAUGCCAGUUCUUUGGUAUGUUACAUCACACGUUUUACAGAGGAAGCCUUCGCCGCCCUCAUCUGCCUCAUUUUCAUCUACGAGGCUCUAGAAAAACUCAUCCACCUCGGGGAGCUGUACCCCAUCAACACACAGAACAACCUGGAUAAACUCACACUGGCCUACUGUAGGUGUGCCCAGCCAGACAACCCCAGUAAUAAAACCCUGGAGUCCUGGAGUCAGAGGAACAUCUCAGCCCUUGCAGUGCCAUGGGAAAACCUCACCGUCAAGGAGUGUCUGGAGCUGCAGGGCCAGUUUGUAGGGACAGCGUGUGGACACCAUGGCCCAUACACUCCUGAUGUUCUCUUCUGGUCAGCCAUCCUGUUCUUCUCCACAUUCUUUCUGUCCAGUUUCCUCAAACAGUUUAAAACCAGCAGAUACUUUCCUACACGGGUGCGGUCAAUGAUCAGUGAUUUUGCAGUAUUCCUAACUAUCCUUCUCAUGGUGCUGACUGACUACGCUAUUGGCAUUCCAUCUCAAAAGCUACAGGUGCCCAGCAAGUUUAAGCCGACGCGUGACGACCGUGGUUGGCUGAUAAAUCCGAUUGGUCGAAACCCAUGGUGGACGGUCCUGGCCGCCUCAAUCCCAGCCCUGCUCUGCACCAUCCUCAUCUUCAUGGACCAGCAAAUCACGGCUGUCAUCAUCAACCGCAAGGAACACAAACUGGUGAAAGGCUGUGGGUAUCACCUGGACCUUCUAAUGGUGGGUGUGAUGUUGGCUGUGUGUUCGAUUAUGGGGUUGCCAUGGUUUGUUGCGGCAACGGUGCUGUCAAUCACACACGUGAACAGUCUGAAGCUGGAGUCUGAGAGCUCGGCGCCUGGAGAACAGCCGCGUUUCCUGGGCAUCAGAGAACAGAGAGUCACCGGACUCUUCAUAUUCCUACUGAUGGGCUGCUCUGUGUUUAUGACAGGAGCUCUGCAGUUCAUCCCCAUGCCUGUACUCUAUGGAGUGUUUCUCUAUAUGGGAGUGUCCUCUCUGAAGGGUAUCCAGUUCUUUGACCGUCUGAAGUUGUUCGGGAUGCCAGCGAAGCAUCAGCCUGACUUUAUUUACCUUCGUCAUGUUCCGUUGCGGAAGGUCCACCUCUUUACUCUGAUCCAGUUCACCUGUCUGCUCCUGCUCUGGGUCAUCAAAACCUCCCCCGCCGCCAUCGUCUUCCCCAUGAUGGUGCUGGCAUUAGUGUUUAUCCGAAAGCUAUUGGAUUUCUGCUUUUCCAAAAGAGAACUCAGUUACCUUGACGACCUGAUGCCUGAGAGCAAGAAGAAGAAACUGGACGACGACUCCAAGAAGGCGGAGGAGGAGAUGCUGGUUGGAGAUGCAGACAGACAGGAGGAUAAGAGUACAGUCCAGAUCCCCAUGGAGAGCAGCAAGCUUCUGCAGUCCCCUAAAACACCUGAUCCCAGGAAUGAUCCCUCUGACAUUAACAUCUCUGAUGAAAUGUCUAAAACCACUGUGUGGAAAUCUCUCAGCUCUAACCACAAGGACACACACCGUCCUACAGCAGCCAAAAAGGCUCUGAGAGAUCCUGUCAACACAGAGAAAGACGACUCAACUGGUCUCAUCAAGACUGAAAUCACAGAAACAUCUCCUGCUAAAAAACCACGGCUGGACUGCUCUGAGAUAAUGGAAGAAAUUAAGUUUGAAAGAUGUGAGAACUCUAGGGGAAAAGAAGAGAAAUUUGUCGAGAAGAUGCAUUUAAGUUUAGAGGAUCUGAGAAAAUAUAAAGCACCGAUAGGGAGGAUUGGCAAACCAAUUUGUGAAGAUCCGUCCAAUAUUCCAAAGUGUCAUAUUCCAAAUUACCCAAGACCUGUUGAGUUCCGUGUCUCUGAAGUGACCCAUGUCACUGACCUAGAAGGUCUAAUUGGGAUCUUGGAGUCAGAGGGAUUCAAGGACCCUAAUCAAAAGGAAGGUGUUUCAUGGUGGAGACUUCGCAUUACCCAUUCAAAUAUCAGUUCAGCGGAGAGAAACUACAAGGAGAGGCACAACAUUGCCAGAGAGGAUGGGAAUUCAUUCCUAAAGACGUUCACCACCUCACCUGCUUUUGCAGAAAGCUCUCCCUACGGGAACUUCCGGUUCACCUUCUCCUUGUCUGAUCUGCUUUCGUACUACAGGGAGCAGAUCUGUGGAGGGAAAGAUCUAAAAAAGAGGAUCUACAAGACGGUGUUGUACAGACAGGAGAUAGUGUACGUCGUGCUGGUUCACAGUUCAGAGGUCGAUGAUUUUGAUGAUUAUCCACUGCUUCCUGAAGGUGCUGAAAUAGAUGACAGUCAGGUAGUUUGUUUUGAUGAAGAUGAGAUUAUCUGGCGUGCCCAAGCCAUUUGUGAGACACACAAACAUGUCCUGAAAAAAACAGAGGACAACACAUUUGAAGUAGAGAAGGCUGGGGAUUUUGAGUUUUAUGUGUGGGAUCAAUUCAUCAGCAUCAUCAGUGACAACUGGAUAACCAUUAUAAUCAUGGACCUCUGGGCUGUGAACAACCACCACAUACAUGAUCUCCUGUUUGUACAGUACAGUCUCAUAGACCCUGAGAACUGGAUCCCUCCCUCCACACAGCUGAUCUCUGUACAUCUGCAUCAGCUCUGCCAGGGGGAAGUGGGAUUGAGUCCAGAGAUGGGACAGCAUGGUUACUCACUCCCACCCCCUCCCCCAGCUUCCUUCUACCGGCUCAGGGAUUGA